CUUGUAGCUUGUAGAUUUCUUUCGUAGAUAUCGCGAUAACACCUUGUUAACGAAACAAAUCAAGUAACUCAAAUUCGCCCAACAUGCCCUCCGAAAGAUCUCUCAAGAUCCUCCACACCCCCUGGCUCGUCCUCUCCACCAUCACCUCCAUAGUAGCACUGGCCAUCUCGGCAUCCUUGGUCGACUAUUACAACAACAACGGUUACCCAGCCAUCGAUGGGGAUUACAAGCCGAGGAUCCGGAUCGUCUUGGUGGCGAGCGUGUGGAUGGCCUUUUUCAGUAUCUACCUCCUAGUCGGGUUCCUGCUUGCUCCCGGAAACAUCCUCUUUGGGAUCCUCGCUCACUGGGUCGCCUUGACCAUCGGAUUCUUGCUGUUCCUGAUCGGAAACUCGUCCUUGACCUCGCUCACGGACGGGACCUCGUGUGGGAACGUAGGGGACGCCUUUAGACGGUGUAACAUCGUCAAGGGACUGGUCGUCGUCGCCUGGAUCGACGUGAUCGUCAUCUUUGUCAUGUGGCUCUUUGUGACCCUGCUCGCCUGGAAGGCGAGGAAGGCGCUGGGAAUCCACCGGAGCUCGCUGCUCGACGCUUGGUUGGCCUGGUAGGCGACGGCCGUUGGUCUCGAGGUCGUGUGAAGUUCAGGGGGUUCGACUUUGAGUGUGGUUCGUUAGAUGUCGUGGAGGAGGUAAAUAUGUGCAGGUUUACAUGGGGCUUGGGCGAGGUCCGACUUGCCUGGGCCCAGGGUCGGACGCGCUUGUAUAUGAUCCUGGAGGAGGCUCGGUUGUCGCUUGUUGUGAUAUAAUUCUCGUCUCCCAAAGACAAGCCAAGAUGGGUGACCUACGAGGUUGAUUUGGUCUAUCAUAAUCUUGCCACGAGUCGUUCUCGUUGAUUGGCGUACGAUAUCAAC